AUGCCCCUUCUACUCGAUGUGAACGAUAAAAAUCAAGAUAAUGAACGGGAGGCACCGAAAUAUCAAAAUAGUUAUCGUUUGGAAGCUUAUAAUCCUUUUAAAGUAGAUGCAGUGGAUAAGAUUGUGAAAAUGACAAUGAUUAAUAAACUUGAAGACAUCUCUUAUGAUGCUGCGGUGUGUCCAGAAGUUUGCAAAUCGGUGGCAGGAUAUAUUAGAGAGAAAAUAAAACGAUUAAACUUUGACAGGUACAAAAUCAUAAUCAAUGUAACUAUUAUAGAGAAGACGGGUCAAUCUGUGCAAAGUUCUGUUGGAUUCCUUUGGGAUCCUGAAAAAGACAAUUAUUCUACAUUUACUUACGAAGCUCGAACAUUUCAUGCUUAUUGUUGUGUAUUUGGUCUUUAUCACGAAUAA